GAGUAACGGGAAUCACCCAAUCAAUCUGAAAAUUUUUGGGACCAAAAACUCAGUAGAGCUCUGCAGAAUUUGUACUGAAAAAAUAAGGAUGGCAUCAUUAAAUUAACGAUGAGAAACAAUUUCUUCGCGUGGCGAUCACUUGUUAUGAUAUUCGUAGUAACGCAACGAUGCCCAUGCAUUGAUUGACCGAACCUCCUCGCACAAAACAGGAACAUCUUCUGGCUAGCGUCGUACAGAAAGACUUUCAAUUCGUAAUACAAAACAACGCAAAGCAAAAAAACACCGAUGAUUCACUAUGGCGCCAUCAAAACGCCAGCGAGUGGGUAAUGCAAUCCUACCAGACGGUGGCAUCAGAAUUAGCAACGAUAGGAAUGCCACCCUGGGCGACGAUAGAGAACCCCGCACAGAACAAUGCUCUCCGUGGCCGUCGUCCCUUUUGUGCUUUAACAGCCGCAACGGCCUGGUCUUGUUCGUAGCGGCGUUGCUGUUUCUGCGCUUGCAGCAAUGGAUUCUGGUAGGGAUUGCCGAUGUGGCUUCCGAGUCAUCGGUUUUCGCCGACCAUUCCCAAGAAGCGCAUGCAUUCCUGCCCUUGCUGUCGAAGAAACGCGUGAGUCACGGCGACGAUGGGUUGGAUCCCGCCGAAUCGAGGACCCGGCCCAUCCGCAACCGCACCAAGAUCGAACAAAUCGAGAAUUACAAAAAAGGCAAUGGAUUAAUGCUCAACAUCCACGCGACGCACCACGGUGGGACAACCUUUUGUGGAAUCAUUGGACGGAGCGGGGGCCCAGUGGCAUCGCAGAAGGAGGAGAUCGCUCCCUCAUUUGCUUGCUGGUUCGAUCAGAACGGUACCGUUCCCGAGGCAAAGAAGAGCUACUACACGACGCUGAACAAGGAGACCUUUUUGUCCAGAACGCCAUGGGCUUACGACGAGACCGACUCCUUCCUGCACUCCCUGAGACCCUAUUUCCACAUGAUAUCCUGGGAAUACAUGGGAGUCGACGACAUGCAGCGUAACCUGUCGGAGACGAACUGGGAGCACCCCGAGUUGCUGUCGGUGAUCAUUACGAGGGAUCCGAUAUCUCGGCUCCUGGCGGGGAACCGAAACAUGAAGCUGAACUAUCCUGGGUACAACACGGGGAACCUGAGCCACGCCGGUUGGUGGGACAUUGCCUUCAAUCCGAACCGGAGGCUCGCGGACAAUUUCUUCUUCCGCAUCGUUGAGGGGACGAAGCGAGACAAGAGCGCGGGCAGAUCCGCUGUCGGCAACGGCACGCCCCAAAACAACACGACUGCUGUCGCAGACGACUCUGCUACAACGUCCGAGUCGACCAGCCAGCGGCGGCUCAAGACUGCCAAAAAACAGCGGCACCGGGAACAGCAAAAAGAGAACAACGAUCAUCGCCCCGACCAGAAUGGCCUCUUCUAUAUGUUCACCGACGACAAUCUUCCCUCCGCCUUGCCCCCACUCUACAGCAACCUGGACCGAACAAAUUACGACCGUGCGGUCUCUGUUCUCAAUCGGUUCACCGUGGUGCUGGACAUCGAGUGCCUAAACGAAGGGAUCUUGGCACUAGCAAACCUGGUGGGCCUAGAUCCCGAAACGGUCCAAGCCGCUGUGCUCCAGAACGAUCUCCAUCGCAAGAAAAGAAAGAAACACGACACCAAACACAAACCGGCGAGGGACCGGAUCGGGUAUCAGGACGUGUACGAGUAUCUGCUGGAGAAGAACAAGUGGGACAUCAAGCUCUAUGAAUAUUCUAAAACCGUGAGCUUGGUCCGUUGCGAAUAGAACUUUGGAACCAGUCAGUGAAGGAAACUAAUGCACCGAUGAUUGAUAGAUGGUGGUAUCUUGGGACAUAAAAAACAAUCGGAUUGCAUGGAAACAAAUUAUUCUGUGAACAAGCAAUUGGUAAAGAAAUAGUAAUUGCAUUCACAACCUAAUGCUAUAAUCACGGUAUUAUUAUACGACAUUUGGUGUUUGAUCAUCCUGGAAAGCCGUGUCAGAAUUCAUUUUCCAAUGCUCUCCCCAAAAGGAGUCCACUCGCUUCGAUCGCGGUGUUGGUGGCCUUCCACCAGAAUUUMGACACACCGUGUUUGUUCAUGUUUGUAAGAACGAGACAAGCAGCAGAGUGCAUUCUUGUAGGACCCAAUCAUCUUCUACAUCACGGCGGCAUUCGCACAAUGC